ACCGCUUAAACUUAAAAUAAAACCAUCUGUCCUGUUAUUUUGAAAUUCAAUAUACUUUGAUGUUCAGGAUCAAUAAUUUUCAGUUUCAGUUUUCAGUUUAAGUUUUUUUGGGAAUAUCAGCAAAGACAUGCCUUUCGCUUUUAGUAAAGAGUCGACAUGAAAAAGUAACAAAUUAAUACCAUACUAUUUUGGAUAUCACUAAGAGAUGAACGCGUGAAACACUCGAAUAUUGAGCUGAGCUGACACGCCCGAGAAACGGUCGCACAAACAAGACGUCCGUCUGCCAGGCGUGAUUCACCAACUAAUUACCAUUCUAAUUAGACGUCGGGAAAUGGAUUUACUGUGACCUUACCAAGGCAUGCUAACCCGACAGGAGACGUGUCACGAAUGUGUCUGAAUCUUUAUCUAUACAAAUGAUUUAAGCCUUCGCAUGCUCACGCAUUUGUUGGAAUUAAGUUCCGGGGAAAAUCUCAUUAUUUUUAUAUCUCCCUCAAGGAGUUCACUUUCACAAACUGUUUGGAUUCAAGAGAUGUACAUUAGUGAGUGAGGUAAAUAUAUAUAUACUACUAGUACAGUUGCAUUUCAAAUUAGUAAGCUGUAAUUGACUCAUUAUAAACAUCGUUCAACCUGACUAUCAGCUAAUUUAAGUUGUGCAUCUACUUGUUUCUACGUCGAAUAGACAACUAGUUUAACCUAUUAAAUUGACAAACAUCACAUGAAAGACAUGGUUUAAGAUUUUAAAAUUCGUUAUUUGCAUUUGUACGAAGAUAACGAACGUGUGUAUUUUACAUUGUCAACAUAUUCUGAACGUUUGAGCGGAUAUUUGGAAGAGAAAAUAUAAACAAGAACUGUUGUUUCCAGCAUUUGAGGUGAAACUCAUAACAUAUUCGAGCUUUGUCGGUGGGAAUAUUGUGGAUAUCUUCUUUUUUUACAACAGUGAGUAGUAACAUGUCUGUAUGUCAGGUACAAGUGAUAUGAAACAAAGAAUCUGCAAAACCUUGGAUAAAUAAAUUGUAGAUAUAUCUUCUGGAGUGAUGAUAAUAAUUACGUGGUAUUGGGUGUAACUGUUUCUUGGAUCUCGCAACACCCGAGCGUAUACAGAGCCACGUGCGUGUUUUACGACAAGUUAAAAAGUGUGUUAUCUGUUUAUUCAAUGGAAUAGGAUCGAGAUCAAACUAAACAGCAUUCCCUGUGCAGAUGUGCUGAGAAAUCGCUGUAAAACUACAACAGCAUCUGCGAGAGGCCGCAGGAAUUGUUAAAAGCCCCAAUUACGGCCGGAAGUGACCAGAGGUAGCCAUGGGCGGGACGCUGUCGUGUACGGGUGAGCGGCAUAGCCCGCAGCACGAGGAAAACGUGCCAUAUGGGGCGCCGCCUCCUCCCACCCCCGGGGACGGACAUAUCCACCUCACAGACAAAGUUGGGCCGGUCAUAGGAUCCACAGACAUAUCAACCGUGCCAAACAAUAACAACAAUAUUGCUGGCGUCAAGUCAACGAAAGCCGGGAAGGCAGACGACACUUCAAAGUCAUGGAAGUUUUGGAGAACGCUAUCUAUGCGACGCUCACGAAAUUCGCUCAAAUACAACGGGAACGUUAAAUCCGUUGAGGACGGAGGAUUCGGCAUUCACGUCAGCGUAAAUUUGCCUGACGUCGUAGAACGCACAGACGUCCAGCCUAAUUUGAGGUCAAUACCACCAUCUAAGCCGCCUCGCGCGACCAAGGAGAGUUUGACGUCAGAAAAACUGAGCCCUGACCAUACAUGUGUAUCGCCCAGUGAUGCACUGACGCCAACAGUGAAAGAUUAUGAAAACGUGGAUAGUAAUGGAAUUGUUGUUACUUUUCCUCCUCAGACUUUGAUACAGGAAACAGUUGCAGUAAACCCCAAGUACAGUUCGUUGCCAAAUUAUUCCAUUCCAUCUAGUGUACAAAGACGUCAACAGAUGACGUCAGCGGGGAGAAUCAAAAUUGUCUCCCCGGAGUUGACAAGAAAAGUGACGUCAAAACCAAGGAAAAAAUCCGCGGAAAUCACUGCAAGUGACAGACAUGUUCUCAUUUUACAAAGUGCCAUAGAACUUCUGUGUCAAAAGAUAGACCCGUUUAUGGUCAUUGAUAAACUUGCCGAUGCUAAUCUACUUGAUCCGAAGGCUUUCAAUAUUUAUAGAAAUCCUGUUGAUAAUCGUUACAUCAUAGAAAGUAUCGUCCAGACAGUGAUGGACGAAGAUUAUGAAUCAUUCCUGAAAUUUUGCGACAUUCUCAGAAGUGUGGCGGACUUUACGUCAGUCGUCAAUGUUCUUGACGCCAUGCGCGCAAUAUAUGACGUCAUAUACGAAGUGUCUGUCGGAGUCGGGCAAUCCUCGCCAAUUCUCGACGAUGAUAAAUCCGUGUCUUUUGACGUUGUAUAUUACAGUUUAGACACUGGAAAAGUGAGAUCUGUUGUCGAGUUAGAAAAACUUAGAAAUACGGAAAGUAAACGUCAUUCUCAAAACUUGCUUGCUUUUAAAAGAAACUCCAGACUUUCAUUUCAAUCUCUAACAAGUGAGGUUUCUAGCAUAUUCAGUGAGGACAUUAUAACGAACGGCCUGCCAAUGGUGACAAUUUCCUUGUCAGGUCACGCUCUCUGUCUAGCCAAAGCCAUCGCGUUGUCUGACGUCAUCAGAGAGCAAGAAAGCAUUCUGGAACUACACAUCGGCAAAACACACAUCAGGGGAAAUGACAUGUCGCACAUAAGCGCCGCCCUGGCCGACAACUUCAACGUUAGAGUUCUCGAUCUUCGACUUAACAACAUUGGGAACCAAGGUGCGUCUCAUUUAGCGAAUGCUUUGGCUCAGAACAAGACACUACGACAGCUGAAUCUAUCAUCUACCGGAAUCGACUCUGAUGGUUGUAAAUCGUUAGCGGAAGGUCUGAGGACCAACACGAGUCUUAUAGACUUGGACCUGAGCUUUCUGGACAUUGGAGACGAUGGGUGUGUUGCUCUCCGUGAUAUGCUAAAACAAAAUCGUUGUUUAAAGAAACUACGCCUACGAAGUGCUAGUAUAACUUGGCUCGGCUGUGGCGUGCUUUUAGAAGGCAUUGAGCAAGGGAAAGUUAUCACAGAAGUGGACUUAAGUAGGAAUUUUAUCGGUGACGCCGGAGCUGAUAUGUUUUUGAGACACCUGAAAGACGACUCCUCGCUGAGGGAAGUGAAUCUGGAAAACUGUGGCAUAACUUCGGCCGGAUGCUCCAUCGUUUCUGACGUCAUCCUGACUAACAAGUCCAUCCGCCAUCUAGAUCUUAGCGUUAAUUUCAUUGGGGACCAAGGGAUCAUGAAAUUGUCAAAUGCCCUAGAUAGAAACCGACAUAUCAAAACACUCGGCCUCAACAUGUGUGGGAUCUCUAACGACGGGUUCUCAAAGUUGUUGGACAUUCUAGAAUCGAACGCGACAUUGACGUUAGUGAAAUUGUGUUACAACAGACUCGGUAAAGAGCACAAUAACCCGGAAGCGACGUCAGACAAUUUGAAAUACCGGAUACGUAUAGUGACGUCAUCAAAUCCGAAACUAAAACUGUUGCUAUGGGGAAAUACUUUUGAAGAACCACUUUCCAGCCCCAAAAUCGCAGAUUUGUCAGUUUAAUUUAUGAAACAAACCACACAGAUUAAAAUAUAUUAAAGCAACUAUAAUUGUGAAAAACAACGAUAAUAAUUACUAGAUGCGUCAAGGAAAACUUAUACUCUUUAAUUGAACUUUACAAUGUGCAAUUUAUCUUUUUUCUAUGAACGCUUUCCGUUUAUUUCACAAAAAAACGUUUUGCCUAAUUUAUGUUCGGAUAAUUAUCCCAAUCAGCAUGAAACAAAUUUCGCAAGCUGAAAUUUAUAUCUAUUGUGCAUUUUUAUUGUAUAUUUAUAAAUAUAUUACAUGAUUUGAAAUCUU